AAAAUCGAACCGAACUCACAAAAUCACAGAAGUCAAAUGAAAAAAUGGAUUCCCGCAAAGAAGAAAAGAAAUUGGUAUACCAUAAACCAGACAAAGGAAAAUCAAAUUCUGGAAUACCAGUUGGGCGAUAUAAAGAAAAAAUCAACAAUCGCCUUCAAAUGCCGAAACCGAAUUACGGCAGUCGGCGAAAAGAAAUCAAAACCUCAACAAAACACGAGGAUGAAGACGAAGAAGAAAUAAGGGAGGAAAUAGAAAUUGACUGUUCCGCGAACGAGGAAAGCCCUCCACUUUGGGAUUUUUCUCUUACUGCAUUAGAAAAAACAAAACCAAAAAGGCAAAAAGCUACGUUCGAGCCAUACGUGACAAAACUACCAAGAUUAAACAGAAAAUUGGAUUUCUACAAAAGAAAUUGGACAAACGGUCAUUAUGGAAUAAGUUCCAACUUGGAGACGAGACUUGGCAUGCCUGUCAAAAGACAGAAAGGAAAACCAUUCGUCAAUCGCAUGGAAUUUCUACCAAGACAAAUCCCAUACUUUGGCAACAAACGUAAGGCGGAUAAGUUAAAGGAACAAAGUGAAGAUGGCGGAUACAAAUAUAAACCACCAUGGAACUUUUCGACAGACGUGAACGUAGACUAAAUUUUUUUCUUGUAUUUUAUGUAUUGAAAAUAAAUUUUUUCAUAAUUUU